AUGAUUGAUAUAUUGCUACACAAAUUGGUACAAUAUAUAUAUUAAUAGAUAAUAAAGUCUAUUUAUGCUUCUCAAAGAAGUAUAAUGAAAUUCAACUAUAUGGUUGGCCUCACACCCUAACUGAAUUUAAUCAUGCUCUUCCUUACAUACACUACUUAUACUUAUUGUUAAGCCAAGCCUGAGAAUCCAGCAGAGCAAAUAAUUCAAUUUUCUCUCUACAUACUCAAAAGGGUGAUUGAAAAACAUGGAACUUGCUUCACCUUCUAGAAUACUAAUUGGCCUCUCAUUAGACCCAAAUGAUAGCAAGGAGCUUCUAUCAUGGACAAUAAGAGUUCUAGCUAAUCCAAAUGAUACCAUUGUUGCAGUGCAUGUUCUUGUUGUUGAGAAUAUGAAGAAACGUGUGUCGGUCAGAAAAAGACAAUCACAACUCAGACAGGCAAAAGCAUAUGUUAUAUCUGUGCUUGGAGAAUUUGCACAGACUUGUUGGUCUAAACAGGUUAAUUUGGAGGCAAAAGUGGCACUGAGUUCCACAGUAGGUGGUGGUUUAGUGGAGGAAGCAAAGUCCAUUUCUGCUGAUUUUCUUGUUCUUCGUGGAUCAAGAAACCAAACAAGUUAUAAAAUUGGAACCUCUAAAGGAAUUACCAAGUAUUGCUUUGAGCAUGCACAUGAAGGCUGUACAAUGGUCUCAGUUGGGAGAUGCACAAAGUCAGAACAGAAUGUCAAUUCAAAUUCAAUACAUUUUCAAGCAGAUAAUAGUCAACCAAAUUCAAGGCAGAACAGUUCACCAAGAACAGUACUAGAUGCAUUAGAAGGACAAUCCAACUGCACAGAAGAUGACACUUUUAGCACCAGAGCCUCAAGCAUGACAUAUACUCCUUCAUCUGGUCCUAAGAUUAAGAGAAAAUCAAAGUUAAGAAAAUCACAAUUCUCAUUCAGGUUCAUAAUAUCAUUCCUUGGUUCACCAUUCAGAAUAAAAGGCUUCAACAUGUCCAAAAAUGAAAGUCAUCAACCUUUGUUGAAGUGCUUCAGCUAUGAAAAUAUAUCCAAUGCUACUAAUGACUUUCACCAAGAUAAUUUGGUUGGAAGAGGAGGGUACUCAGAAGUAUACAAAGGUGAUAUUGGUAAUGGAGAAACCAUUGCUGUGAAGAGGUUAGCCAAAGACAACAAAGAUCCAAACAAGGAAAAAGAGUUCCUUAUGGAGUUGGGUGUUAUUGGACAUGUUUGUCAUCCUAAUACUGCAAAUUUGUUGGGCUAUUGCAUUGAAAAUGGACUCUAUCUGAUUUUCAAUUACUCUCAAAAUGGAAACUUGGCAACUGCAUUGCAUGGUUAUGGUAAAGAAGGAAAUUCACUUGACUGGCCAAUCAGAUACAAAAUUGCAAUUGGAGUAGCAAAGGGUCUCCAUUAUCUUCAUAAAUGUUGCAAACACAGAAUAAUUCACCGUGACAUUAAAGCCUCCAAUGUUCUUCUUGGUCCUGAUUAUGAACCACAGAUUACAGAUUUUGGACUUGCAAAGUGGCUUCCUAACAAGUGGACUCACCAUGCUGUAAUCCCUGUGGAAGGAACAUUUGGAUAUUUAGCACCAGAGGUGUUUAUGCAUGGUAUUGUUGAUGAGAAAACAGAUAUAUUUGCAUUUGGUGUUCUUCUUCUUGAAAUAGUAACUGGAAGAAGACCUGUUGAUUCAUCAAAGCAAAACAUUCUCCUAUGGGCAAAGCCUCUGAUGGAAUCAGGGAAUAUUGUUGAGCUGGCUGAUACAAGAAUGGAAGGUAAAUAUGAUGCAGAGCAACUGUAUAGGGUAGUCCUAACUGCUUCAUACUGUGUCAGACAAACUGCCAUUUGCCGUCCUGCAAUGACCGAGGUGCUAGAGUUGCUAACAAGUGGCCAAAACAGUGAAGUUGGAAAGAGCUGGAGAAUUCCAAAGUUCACUUCUGAUGAAUUGGAUGAUUACUCAAUGAUUUUUGGAUAUGAUGUCCCCUCAGACAUAUCUCUAGAGGAUUAUUUGUGAAUUAAUGAAGUAGUAGAUCAGAAGUUGGUUCAUUAUUUUUGUAACUUAACUUAUGGGGAGGGACUGUGAGAAUUUUAAAGCAUGAGAACAAUUAAUCUUCACAAUGCAAUCAUAAUGGAUGGUUGAGAUUAUAUUUUAACAAACAAAAAAUUGACCAUCUCUGUUUAACUGCAUAGUUAAGAUCAAUUGGUCCUAUCAAAACUUUUUUCACUAAAUAUAUCCCCUAAAAUAUGACUAUUUUUUAUUUUUUUUAUUUUGGGGUUAUUUUUGUACACUUUAAUAUGGUUUGUCUACAAGAUCAGAUUUUUUAUGAAGAUUUCAGGGAAAUUUUGUUAUUAUGAGAAA